AUUUAUAGCACAAUGCGGAUCAUGACUGUUUACGAAGGCUGCAACGUCAAUCUGCCAUGGAACGACUGAACAGCGCCGCUGGGCCAGCGCUCGGCCACGUUUUUCCUAUCUCCCUGUAUCGCAUUUGCUCAGAGCAUAGCCGGAGCUCGGCACCGCAUGCGUGUUAUGACUCCAGGACGAUGCAUGUCAAAGCGCAUUUGCUCUGGCCCUUCAUAUAGGGAGAGCACCCUGAAAGCACAGAUCUCAAAGCCCCAUAUCUCACUCAUCUCAUGGAAUCUAUCCGCGCGAAACUCUCAGGCAAAGGGCCUCGCUACAUACCUAGCGGCAAAGUCGACUUCGAAGCAGCUGGUCUCCCUGUCUACAUCGGAUGCUAUGCCGCCGUGCUCGACUCGCUUUUCUCAGAACUAGAGACCACUGCUGUUCUUGCGGAGGCCGAGGCGUUCUCCCCUUGGGAAAUCGCGCAGGUGAACGCAGGAGCCUACGCAUUUACCGACACAUCAUACCGCAAUGGACAACGCAUCAUCUACGACUCCUUCGAGCUUUCGGCCAAGAUCUUCGAUAAAGUGCGGCCGCAUCUAGCUGAUAUCGAAGAGAUUGAGGAGGUCGUGCACGUCCGCGGCAGGAAGAUGCUGCAGACAUGGAAGAUGGUGAGGUUGAAUGAGCGACUGAGGUUCCUGAGGUAUCCGGAGGGCGGGUUCUUCAGGAAGCACAUUGACGGAUGCUACUUCGACGAGGAAACCGGCCGACGCACAUUCUACACACUCCAGUUCUACCUUCCAUCUGACGCGUCUGGGUGCCCUGAAAGCUACCAACCGGCACAAGGAGGAUCGACUCGUUUCAUCGGGCCCAAGGGGGCAUAUGCCGACGUCGAAGCCCAGCCAGGACGAAUAUUGGUAUUCCAGCAUGACAAAUUGUUGCAUACAGGAGAAGAGGUGACUGGGGGCGUCAAGUGCGCUGUACGAUCAGAUAUCUUGUACGAGAAAGUUGGCGCUCCGAAGCCAGCUUCGAGAUGAAUGGCUCGAGCGCGAAUGUAAGACAGAUUCCCGAAUGCGCUUCUCUAUACCCCUCUAUGGCUAUUACAAGGUGUUCGUACAACAGGAAAUACUAAUACAGUUGGAGCGCAAGAAAGUCGAAAAGCGCCACGUUCAAACCCUCAGCUAUCGUCGCCUCUUGCGGUACUCGACAACCCUGCCUGCUUUUGACACGGGUUCCAGCGGAAUAGCAGUAAUCGUUGCGUCGGUGGACAAGGUGCCAUGGUCGCUGCCCACACCAAAGUGCACGCUCGCCCACUCGGCCGUGAACGCUGCCCUCUGAGCACGGGUCGGCGAGAAACCCGGUCCAGUGACGAUCCGAACUCCUUGAUCCUGCCUGACGGCAGCCCAAUCGAAGUAUUUCUGCUGCUGUUGGCGGACCCCUGGAGGGAUCGGAUCUUCUUCAGCAGAGCUCCGCUGCAAAGACGGCGAGGAGUCCACGUGAGUCACAGUCGAGGCGGGGGAGAACGAUUGAUACGAGGUGCUGGAAGUAAGAGGAGACGGUGCAUCGAAGGAGCACAAGCCAUGAGGAGGAUGGUGGAUGGUUGGGAGCGACGAGCGUUGAAUGGGAAUGAUCUGGGAUGGAACAGGCUCGAUCGACGCACAAGCUUCAAUACGUCCGGCUCCAGCUUGGGGCUUUGGCGAUGUAAUUCUGGGCACGUCUGUUGGGAAAUGGUUGGGCAGUGGAGGUAACUUGGCAGCUUGUCGCAUACGUCUCGUCAUGACCGGCAUCAAGGGCAAAAGCGCAAGAAAUGAAUAGUGCCCAAGAUUUGCUGCAACACAUUCUUAAGAGCUAAGACAGUCUUUGCAUUCAACCGAAAAACGAUUCUUGAAUGGUCGUAAAACGUCCUUUGUUGAGCUACCAUCAGGUAGCGUUGAUCCCCUUGUCCAGUGACCGGUCCUGAGAUGAUGAUCCCUUUGAGAAGAGCGGACGUCUAAGAACUGUGUCAAGGGACCUCGCUUCACGCAAUGGCUUUUGUGCAGCGGAGUGGCCGCGAGUCAUUCACCAGUUGGCAGGCGAUACAGUCACUUCAUCCGUCAAGAGAGCUGAAUUAUGGGUGUCACCGGAACGCUCUCCCCUUGCACCGUGUAGAACGCAAGCAAUCAUACAUAGCAGUAAGAAAGCAUAACAAGUCCAAGUGCGAGCGAUGAUCGGUCGUUUCAAGAAGGGUUGUGGACAGUCACGAACGCGGAUGUGCUGGCGUCGGCUACUGGCUUCCUCAGACCAUGCUCUGUUCGCUGCAUUACAGAAUUGCAGAGUCCCGUCCUCUCGGCCACUUUGGAGUGUUGGGAGGACAUUCUCUUGAUUCGGCUCCGAAGCCGGUUUCACCGCUUCUAUGACAUCCCAAGGCUGUGUCAUACGGCUUGAGAUUUUGGCAAAGCUGCGAGCUGGACCAGCAGCGGACUGCGGACUGCGGCGCCCAGUGCAUAGAAAAGGACCAUGGACUCAUGAGCACCGAGGAAGAGCCAGAGAUCACGACACAGCCCCUCCUUUCCUUUCCUGUCACCCCAUUUACCCUUGUCCGCAACCACCAUGGAGGCACUCCGACUGCAGAAGAAAUAUCCUGAAGUGACCCGCGAUGAAAUGUUCGAUCUCAUAAAUCGAUUCAACUCGAUUUCGACGGAGACACCCGGACGCGUAGAUAAAGGCGCCGUCCUGCAAGCGCUCCAGUCCAGUGGACAGUCGUACGAUCUAGCGAGAGAAACAUUGAAGAAGGUCAGCGUGGAUGCCAGUGGGAAGGUCGAGCUUGAGGAUUGGGUCGAGCUCAACGUGAAGAUGAAGUCAGAGGCAGCGUCGCUGAAGACCAAGGCCGGAAAGGUGACCGUGCAGGGCUCCAACGCGAAUGUCAGCCACACGAUCAACGAGGAUGAGCGAACGGAGUUCACAAAUCACAUCAAUAGUAUUAUCGAAAACGACGCCGACGUCGGAUCGCGCUUUUCCAUUCCGACUUCGACCAUGCAGAUCUUCGAGGAGCUCAAAGACGGGUUGAUUCUUUGCAAGCUCAUCAAUGACUCAGUACCAGACACCAUCGACACUCGUGUGCUCAACAAGUCCACGGGGCGCAAACAGCUGAAUGCGUUCCAAAUCACGGAGAACAACAACAUCGUCAUCACGUCCGCCAAGGGUAUCGGGUGCUCGGUGGUCAACAUCGGCUCGACGGACAUUGCAGAGGGGCGCGAGCAUCUGGUGCUCGGGCUCAUUUGGCAGAUCAUCCGCCGCGGUCUCCUCGCGCAAGUGGACAUCAAGCUGCACCCCGAGUUAUACCGGCUGUGCGAGGAGGGCGAGACGAUCGACGAUCUGCUGCGGCUGACGGCAGACCAGAUCCUGCUGCGGUGGUUCAACUACCAUUUGAAAGCAGCGGGCUGGAAACGGCGGGUCAACAACUUCAGCCGUGACGUCAGUGAUGGCGAGAACUACACGGUGCUGCUUCACCAGCUCAAGCCGGACCAAUGCUCGCUUGCGCCGCUCCAGACGACGGACCUCCGCCAACGCGCUGAGCAGGUUCUGCAGAACGCCGGCGCGAUCGGGUGCCGGCGUUUCCUGACGGUGUCGUCCCUGACCGCCGGGAACCCCCGCCUGAAUCUCGCGUUUGUGGCGAAUCUGUUCAACACACAUCCCGGCCUGGAGCCGCUCGACGAGCAGGAGGCCAAGGACUACGGUGUGGUCGAGGACUUUGACGCGGAGGGCGAGCGGGAGGCGCGGGUGUUCACGUUGUGGCUCAACUCGCUCGGCGUCGAGCCCGGGGUCUUCAAUCUGUUCGAAAACAUCAAAGACGGCCUUGUCCUGCUGCAGGCGUUCGACAAGAUCGCACCGGGGACCGUCGUAUGGCGCCGGGUCUCGAAGCCCAAGGGCGGCGUCGCCGCUGAGCCUGUGUCAUAUGCCAGCGGGGGCGCAGGCGGUGACGACGACGAGGGUGCCGAUAUCGGUGUGACGCCGAACCAGAGCCAGCUGUCGCGCUUCAAGGCGGUGGAGAACACCAACUACGUCGUCGAGCUGGGGAAGCAAAAUGGAAUGCAUCUGGUCGGCAUCCAGGGUGCCGAUAUCGUCGAUGGAUCGAGGACGCUGGUGCUUGGGCUGGUCUGGCAGCUGAUGCGGAUGAACAUCGUGAAGACGCUGAACCAGCUCUCAGGGAGCGGCCGCCCGAUCUCCGACACCGAGAUGCUCAAGUGGGCCAACGCUAAGGCCAACUCGGCGCGCCCGAUUCGUUCGUUCAAGGAUCCCUCGAUCACGACGGGAAUCUUCUUGCUUGAUCUGCUUGAGGCGAUCCGACCGGGGAUUGUCGAUCCAACGUUGGUGUUGAGCGUGAACGAGAAUAGCGACUAUGAUGACAGGCGGGCGAAUGCCAAGCUUGCUAUCUCGAUCGCGCGUAAGAUGAAUGCGCUGAUCUUCUUGGUGCCCGAGGACAUCGUCGACGUGCGAGCAAAACUGAUCCUGACGUUUGUGGGUAGUCUGAUGGCUGUAGCGUAGACUUGGUUGGCGUUGUUGUUGUAAGUGAUAAGUAUCACGUUGGACUCAUAGCACGUAAAGAUCAAGGAUAAUGUACCAGUACAUACAUACUGAACCCAAUGCCACAGAAAAUGCUCCAGCUCCGGCUCGUGCCAAUCCAUAAUGCAUGGUCCGAUGUCUGUCCGCAGACAAGGGGGCAAUACCGCAUCCGUUUCCCCAGUAGAUUAUCACGCUGGAACUGGAGCUGGAAUAUUCAGAACGUGUCUAUGGAAGGUCUGCACCUUGACGGAGAGAUCGAGCUCAUCACACGCUGCUGAGUGGAUUUCAUGAAAGAAAUAUGGAAUAAGAGUGAUCGCAAUAACAAAUCACGGAGGCUUAUGGGAUACUUAUAGGUGUCC